GAACAACCCGGAAGUGAGUCUGUGCUCCGGUUGUUUGUUUUCCUGGUUCUUUCUCAGUUUGAAAUCCGAAUCAUGGCGGUGAGUUCGGUCCAUCUCGAGUCCGACGCCUUCCUGGUGUGUAUGAACCACGCGCUGAGCACGGAGAAGGAGGAGGUGAUGGGUCUGUGUAUCGGGGAGGUGGAGGAGUCCCGGCUCGUCCACGUCCGCUCCGUCAUCAUCCUCCGCCGCUCCGACAAGAGGAAGGACCGGGUGGAGAUCUCCCCGGAGCAGCUGUCCGCCGCCUCCACCGAAGCCGAGCGGCUGGCCGACACCACCGGGAGGCCGAUGAGGGUGGUCGGCUGGUACCACUCCCACCCGCACAUCACCGUGUGGCCCUCGCACGUGGACGUCCGGACCCAGGCCAUGUACCAGAUGCUGGACCGGUGCUUCGUGGGCCUCAUCUUCUCCUGCUUCAUCGAGGACAAGAACACCAGGACCGGCCGGGUCCUUUACACCUGCUUCCAGUCCGCGCAGGCGCAGAAGGGCUCCGAGUACGAGCGAGUGGAGAUCCCCGUGCACGUGGUUCCGCGCGGGGCCAUCGGGAAGGAGUGUCUGGAGUCUGCCGUGGAGCUGCCCCGGAUCCUGUGCCAGGAGGAGCAGGACACGUACCGCAAGAUCCACAGCCUGGCCCACCUGGACCCGGUCACCAAGAUCCACAACGGCUCGGUGUUCACCAAGAACCUGUGCAGCCAGAUGUCGGCGGUCAGCGGGCCGCUGCUGCAGUGGCUGGAGGACCGGCUGGACCAGAACCGGCAGAGUGUCCUGGACCUGCAGAGGGAGAAGGAGAGGCUGCAGCUGGAGCUGGCUGCUCUCUGAGCCCCGGGGGACCUGGACCCCGGAGGAUCAGGACCCCUCC